UUUUAGAACAGCGCAAACGGCAAGACGAUCGGGCGUUCAAAAAUGCGGAGCGAAUCAACAACAAAAACAUCAGAUCCACAUAAAAACCACGGCAUCGCCUAUGCGCCAUUAUUGUCCAAAACUCGGUGAAAUUGGUUGAACUUUUCUAGAGUUUCAGAUGGACAUAGUAGUGGUUCUAGCACUAGUUGUGCUAGCCUUUGUCUUCAUUCUAUCGCUUCUCAUCUUAGUCAUCACAUGUCAACGGAGAAGACUUUCCCGAGCCAAAUCAAAGAUACUGGUUCCAUUCGAAACUCCACCAAAUCGAUAUUCUCGUAAUGCAGCAGCAAUCAACAAUAUCGAUGAUAUUGAGACAAUGGAGCAAUUGAAUGGUCUUCUAGAAGAACUUUUGGAUAGAAAUCAAUGGCUGUUUGAGGCACGUGGAAUCAUGCAACACGUUGUAGCUGUACUCACGAUCAGCAAGAGUGUUACAACGAAAUUGUCUGUAAUUCAACUUCCAACAUCUCCAUCACCAUUCCACGAUGCAAUUAAUAUGGCGAUGCGUAACAUUUACCCACGAUUCGAUGAUCUUGUGGAAAGUCUUGCUGCUCAACCAAUUGAUAUGCGUCUGUUGGAAGCACGAGCUCUAUCAUUGGGUACUGUAUGCUGGUCACUAUACUUGCCGUAUACACUUUUGGAUGCAAAAUAUAAGGAAUUGAUGCAGAAGCCAUUGAAUGAAAUGAAUCUUCAUCUAGUAACAAUCAGAACUGCAGCACAUCUUGUUUCUAUGGCAGAAAAAGGUGCAGAAGAUAAGCUUAAUAUCGUCGAUUUGAAAGAUCAUUUGAUGCGAAUGCGACGUCAAAUCCGGGGAGAUAUGUUGCUUGAUGAUGAUUAUGAGACAGAAGAUGACUUGGAUGAUGUAGAAGAAGUUGAUGACGAGGCACAUGAUCCAGAUGGACUUGUUGUCAAAAAUAAAAUCGGAAAAGAUCAUGAAAAGAUCCCGUUGGUCGAGUCAGAAGCAAUAAUUGAUAUGAUCGAGUUGACCAGAGUCCCCGUCGUCGAGCAAGAACAACUCUUGAAGAGCAACGGUGUAUCUGAUCAAAAACAUACACCAAUUCUACAUCUUCACUAUCAUCAUCAUCAUCCUCAUCACAUGACCAAUGGAUCGUUGAAUACUGUUGAAGAGAUCAAUGAGGAUGAUCAUCACGGAGAAGGAACUUCAACGUCAUGUUCUUCGUCAUCGACAUCUUCAGCUUCCUCACAUUCCGCUCACCCAAUCGACCCAAAAGCAUGACGCCAAAAGCUGUGAUGUUCAAAUCAUGUUCGCAACUCACAGCUUCUCAAUUCCGCGAUUCUCAGUUUCUGUAUGUGUCGAUGAUCUAGGCAAAAAACACGCACAAAAAGUGCAUCCACAAUGCCAUUUUUAAUGUAUAUACAAAAUAUUUUCCCGUUCCAUUCGCAUAUCCCCAUUUCUUUUUCCCUUUUGAGUUAUUUCUUUUUCUUACUGUUGUGUGUGUUCUUCUUUUUUUUGUUUAUCUCUAAGUUCCCAUGUUACUUUCAAAUCUCUAUUGUUAUUUCUCUUCUCGUUUACGCACCUGGACCUCUCGUUUUAAACCGAAUCGCGGGCCCCGUUAAUUUUGAUGACUUUUAUCUCUUAAGCCUAAUCGAGUACACACGUUUUCAGAACCAAAUACCUCGCACCCGAAUAUCCUUUCCCAUAAUUUGUGUGGCGAGAGACGGAAACUGACACAGAGGGUGAAAUAUUUCGUAAUAUUUUAUCACACUUUGUCUGUGGACUCUCUCAGUUCCACACUAUGCCAACUACCUCUAUCUCUCCACCCUCUCUCUUUUUACAUCCAUAUUUCACUCGAAUAACUGUAUACAAAACGCUAGAAAAACGGGCUCCGAAGUUUUGUAGUAUUAUUUACAAACACUUAUCCAAUAUUCUAAUAUUUUCACUUAUCUUUCUGUUCUCAACCUAUUUUUAUUGUUACCUCCUUUUUUGCAUAUUCAAUGUUCUUCCAGAGCAUUGAAACGGAAAAUGAGAUUUUGGAAUUCGAAGAUUAAUAUCUGAAAUUAUAAGCUCUACGAAUUUCAAGAUAUCUUUUUCUCAUCAUCUCUGCGUCUCAUACAAUUCUCUCACACACUUCAGGUUCUCUCUUCCCCGUCCCCGUCUCUCUCUCUAAUUAUAUCUAAAGUUACAUACAAACUCUCUCUUGUACCCCGUCCCGAUUUACGGUGCCGGCAAUGCUGGUACGGUAACACACGGCUUUUGAUGCAUCGGGUAUUACUCUUAUUUUUCCAACUUAAAACCCCAAAAUUAUGUACAUUUUGAAAACCUCCUGCAUGCCUCUACAGUUCUCCCUUUUUCUCUGUUUCUCCAUCUCAAAAACUGUAUUUCUUUUUUUCUCCAAAUUAUGAAUUAUAUUGCAAAAACCCUCACGAAAGAUCAAAAACAUCAUAAAAUCAAAUAAAAAUUAAUAAUUAAAU